AGCCCUUUGAACCUAACGCGUUCAAUUAUUUUCAAUUUUAUUUAGCACAUUCCUACGCGUUUACAGCUUCCGUUUCAUUUCUUUCUAGUAUCUAGAAUUAGCAUAAUAUUCAACUUUUCAACUCAACCCAGUUACAUAUUUAUAUUCUUUCUCAUUUCAUACUCAACCAAAAACAAUUCACAAGCUCUCAAAUUCUCAUCUUCUAAUAUGCUCCACCUCAAAUUCAUUUUCUUGAUUUUUUUAUCUGUUCUGCUCAUCUCCCCUGCUUCUGCAAUUCGUUCACACCCUACUAAAAAAAGCAAGAAAAUUUACUCGAAUCUUGAUUAUAUUGAAGCACCAGCUUAUCAGAAUGGUGAAAAAUGUGAAGCUCUGGAUACAAAAUCUUCAUUUGGGUCAACGUGUGAUCCUUCUCUUGUUCAUGUGGCGAUGACCCUUGAUUCACAUUACUUGAGAGGCUCCAUUGCUGCUAUACACUCUGUUUUGAAGCACUCUUCUUGCCCUGAAAACGUGUUUUUUCAUUUUAUUUCAUUGAGGUCAACUGUGGGUUUGACCAGAACAGUGAAGUCAAGUUUCCCAUCUUUGCAUUUCAAGGUUUAUGUGUUUGAUGAAGAUCAUGUUAAAGGGCUCAUCUCAUCUUCCAUCAGAGAAGCUCUUGAUCAGCCUUUGAACUAUGCAAGGAUUUACAUAGCUGAGAUGCUUGAUCUUUGUGUGGGCCGUGUGAUUUACCUGGACUCUGAUGUGAUUGUUGUGGAUGAUAUACAGAAGCUAUGGUCUGUUUCUCUACCAGGGUCAAGAGUGAUUGGAGCUCCUGAGUAUUGCCAUGCAGAUUUCAGGAGCUACUUCAGUGAUGAGUUCUGGGAGGACCCUGAGUUUUCGCAGGCUUUCGAGGGGAAAAAGGCCUGUUAUUUUAACACAGGAGUGAUGGUGAUGGACUUGGAUAAGUGGAGAAGAGGGGAUUAUAGCAAGAGAAUUGAGAAAUGGAUGGAGAUUCAAAAGGAGAGGAGGAUUUAUAAUUUGGGCUCACUCCCUCCCUUUUUGCUUGUUUUUGGAGGAGAUGUUCAAGGGAUUGAUCAUAGAUGGAACCAACAUGGGCUUGGUGGAAACAAUGUGGUGAAUAGUUGUAGAAGUUUGCAUCCUGGUAAGGUUAGUUUGAUGCAUUGGAGUGGGAAAGGGAAGCCAUGGGAUAGACUUGAUGCUGGAAUGGCUUGUCCAGUUGAUCACCUGUGGGCACCUUAUGAUCUAUAUCAACAUAAACCAAGGACCUCAUCUCAUGAUUCUUUAUGAUUAUAUUCAUUGUUACUAUAAUUUUUUGAGAUAUAAUAUUCUUUGAUUUGGUACAGAUUUCUGUAUGUGUAUUUAUUUCUGAACAUACAAGACUUGAGGAUUAGAAUAGUUGGUCAGGGGAGGUUAUUGUGCCUCUUUAUUUUUGUAUGACCUGAAAUGGCAGAAUGUUACAGUAUAUAUUAUUUGGCACAUAAUUGGCUUGGUUCUA